AUGUCACACCCCACCACAUCAUUUGACCUUUAUCUCUGUGGCCCUUCACUCAGCUCGACAGGCUUCCCACCCAAGGGUGGUCACACCUACAAUCUCAUCAAAGACUUACUUAGAUCAGAGCUCAAAGGCCAUGUCAUCUUUGAGGCUGACCUGAACAUCAAGGACAAUGCUAGCCUUUUCCACCAACUUGUUCCUGAAUCUUCAUUGAAGACCAGACAUAUUGAACAGAUCAAAUAUUAUGUAUAUCUUCAGGGUGUGUGGAACUUCAGUUGCAAAAAAAGGCCUAAACUCACCAAUCAGAACAAUGACUCUGGGUCAGGCGACUCAGAUGAUGAAUCUGGUACCAGCACAGAUAUUGUUGACACAGAUGCUGAGGCCUUGGAUUCUGAAUGUUCAGGGAUAAUCUCCCAGGACACGGACGGCACCUGGAGUUGUGAUGAAUAUGAUGGCACUGCAGAACCAGGAUCAAAGAGGGGACAGUUUGCUAACUCACCAAUACCAGACCCUUACAUUGCACAAAAGCCUGACAUUGCUUUAUUCUAUUACAAGAGUAAAGCUUAUGAGAAAACAUGGAUAGAUGUCCUGAGCUUUGUUGAGCAUACAACCUCUGACUUCAGCAAGAGGUACUCAAUUAUGGCUGUUCUGUUGAAGGGCCAGGGUCUAUUUUGUUGUGGAAUGGCUUGCUACCAUGUUCAGGAUCCUGUAGAUGGGAAGGAGUAUGCGAUGAAAGAUUGUUGGGUCACCGAGGUGAAGAGAUACCAUGAAGUGGAUGUCCUUGAGAGGGUCAAGGGCAUCCCUAAUGUGGUCCAACUCAUAGACCAUUGGGAUGUCCAAUUCAAUGGGGAGCCUGACUGCACGGCCUGCAUUUGGGAUGGAUAUGGUGCCCUGCUUGGCGACAGGCUGGACAAGAGGUUCUGUAACAGAGAUCCAUUAUGGGAUUUCAGCUCCAGAAAGGAGCUGAUUUGCACCUUUCAUGACUUCAUGGUUGGCAUCAGUUAUUUCAUUGAUUUUGAUCACACAUCAAUCAUAAAGGAGGGCGAGACAUUCACAGUUUCAUUUGGUACUGGAACUGUACCAUAUAUUUCUAUGCACAUCUUGAAAAAAAUGUCCAAGAAUGCUGACAUCAUCAAGAAGUCAAAGACGACCAUCGACACAAAAAAGAGCAAUAGUAACACCAACAGCAUCACUCAGCUGGAACUGUACAGCAGGGCACAUGGUACACUUGCUCCAACUUGGGAUAAGACAACUAUGCCAUGGGCAGAUGCCUAUGAAAAUUUGGGCACUACAAGUGGUUUGCUUGCCACCUUUUUGGUGAAGAAGGGAGCCAUGUCUGAAGAUGAUAUUCUAAUGGACAGGGUAUCAGAGUACUUCACAGAAUUCAAGCCCAUUAUCAACAAAUGGUGCACUCAAAUUCAUCACAUGGAGUCCAAUCUCGAAGGGGCCAUCAUUCAUGAGCACAUUUUUCAAAUGCUCGCCAAAUUCAUUACGAAACUCAACAAUGAAGAACCAAGCCCAUUGCCCUCUCCACCCCUUCCAGUGGCUCCUCCAAGUGCCCCAAAUGCAAUUAUGAUUAUGUCAUCUGGUACCAUGCCUCCAAGGAAGAAGCCCAGAUGUUCUUCUCCAGAUCUAGAGGCACCUGCUCACCAAAGCUCAAGACCUAACUGUGGUGUUGGUGGUCAUGCAGCACAGCUGCAAAGAGUUGGAGAAACAGUUGCUGCCCCAACAAGGAAGGGACUGAAGGGCAAUGACCUUCAAAUCAGCAGCUCAGAAGAGAAUCCUAUGGCUCCUUCACAGCUUCAGAAAGGAAAGAAAAAAAAUAAAAUAGCUAGCAUUCUCAGGCUCCCACUUCCCAUCCAAAUCAAUAUGUGGCUCACUCUUCUGAAAGGUUUGGAUUCAAGGAACCUCGGUCUAAUGGUCACAAAACAGCUGGAAGGAAUUAACAUGCCAAUGGACAGAUAUGCUGACAAUGGAAUGGAUUUCGACAAAAAUAUGGAUCAACCUUGUCCUGACAAUGAAGCUCAAGGAGGUGUUGAACCAGUAGCCUCGAAUGACAAGCUCACAGACCCAGAGCAGGAUGAAGCUUAUGAUGUUCUCAAGCACCACCAUGCAAAGAACGGGCAGCAAAAAGCUCCUUCACUAACCUAUCUGUUGAAGGGGAAGGGAAAGGAACAGGCACACACUUUUAAGCUGCCUGGAGGAGCUUCUACUGUUCAAGUGAUGGCCAAGUUAGAGAUGCAGUUGCAGGCUGUUCUAGCUACUCCAGUUCCAGAAUCCCAGGAAGCCCUUAACCUUGCAAGAGAAGUCUUGGACACUGUGCUAUGGACAUACCAUGAGAAGAAGAUUAAACUCGAGAGAGAACUCAAGAAAAUUGUUGUCUCUAUUGCCAAAAGGGCAUACAAUAUCUUCCUGCAGGGCUCCACAGGAAAUUUCAAGAACUUCAUGGUGCAGGCUCUCAAGGAUGCUUGUCUCGAAUUCUACUACAGCAACAGUAAGAAAGCAUUAAAGAACAUGGAUGAAUUCCACCAAACAAUCCCCAUUAAUGCAAUGCUUCUUGUAGCAGUGGUGUUGAAGGGCAUUAUCUCUGGCUUUCAUGAGACUGGCACCAACAAGGUUCCUGAAUUAACUGCUGAGCAAUGUAGGGCCCACUUCGUCAACUUAUGGAAAUCGAUUGACACCCUACUUGAUGUUCCAGAGCAUCAUGAAGAGCUUGAAGACAUGUUGGAGCAAUGGGCUAGGAUUGGCAUGGGGGAUUUCAAUGAGUAUGCAGAUGGGAGUACAAUCAUUACCACAGUUUGGAUCAUGUUUACUGUGUGA